CAAUGCUAUAACAUGUGAUAGUAAGAACCGGCAAUGAUUAGCACAAUGAUUCUUCGAUAAAUAAAUCACAUGUUAUUUGUCGACAUUUGAAAGAUCAUUAAUAUAGAAGUUCGAUAUCUUAGUAUUCUUUGAAUUUUAUCGAUAAGGUUAGUUUGAUGCAAGCGAACAUCAUGUACGUGUAAGAAAGGUUAAUCAAGUCUUUAAUUUUGUUAAUUAUUACAUAUAAAAUAAAUAAACGUGAUGUCACGUGCGUUAUUUUAUUGUGAAAUAUUGCGUCGAUAUUGCUAAUGACUUGCUCUGAGAGAAUCUUUGCGAGAAGAAAAGUUCAUAUGUUUGUGUAAAUUGAAGUGAAACCGUCUCUAUGAUGAAUAAAUUAAAUAACAUACCGUCAAACAUCGACUUGGAUGAUCCAAGAUUUCGUAUUAGACCAUACCAGCAAAUUGUAGCUUCUUGCACCGGUGCAUUUAUCACAUCGGUGUUUGUGACUCCAUUAGAUGUGGUAAAAAUACGUCUUCAAACGCAGCAGAAAGCAAUGCUGUCAAAUAAAUGUUUUCUUUAUUGCAAUGGUUUAAUGGAUCAUUUAUGUCCUUGUAUGAAUGGUAAAAUGCCAGAAUGGAUGAGAAGGAAUGGAAAAUUCAAUGGAACAGUGGACGCUUUAAUAAAAAUAAGUAGAAAUGAGGGUAUAAUAUCGUUAUGGAGUGGCUUGAGUCCCACUCUUGUUUUAGCUAUACCUGCAACUGUUAUAUACUUUGUUUCAUAUGAACAGCUAAGAUUAUAUCUUAAGGAUAAGUACAAUAAAGAGUUUAAGAAAAGGAGAACUAAUGUUGAACAACCUUUUUGGAUACCAGUAUUAGCUGGUGGUACAGCACGGAUCUGGGCUGCAACACUGGUGAGUCCAGUGGAGUUAAUAAGAACAAAAAUGCAAUCACAGAGACUAAGUUAUCCAGAAAUAACACAAGUGUUGAAAACGGUUGUGAAAUAUAGCGGUAUUUCUGGUUUAUGGAUGGGAUUGAGUUCAACACUUCUUCGUGACGUUCCUUUUAGUGCUAUAUAUUGGUUGAAUUAUGAGACUAUAAAGAAAAUGUUUUAUAACUCCCAGCAGACUUUUACUUUUAAUCUGGCAGCGGGAGCUGUGGCUGGAUCUAUUGCAGCAUUUUUCACUAUUCCAUUUGAUGUAGUAAAAACGCACAGGCAAAUCGAAAUGGGUGAGAAAGAAAUUUAUUCAGAUAAACCUAUUCGCAGUAGCAAUACUUGGAUCAUCAUACAGAGGAUUUAUCAUCAGAAUGGAUUCAGAGGUUUAUUUACAGGAUUAACACCACGUUUGGUAAAAGUAGCUCCAGCUUGUGCAAUUAUGAUUGCGACUUUCGAACAUGGCAAGCGUUUCUUCCAAUCAUAUAAUGCUAGUAAGAGUAUCGAAAUUGAGAUAGAGCGUGAUGUUCAUUUAUUGCAGCACAAAUCUAAUAGUACAGAAUGACAAAUUAUGACAGAGAAAAUUGUACAAUUUUUAUACGAAUUAAUCUGAUAUAAAUUUGAGUUAAUCUUUAAA